AUGUCGGAAUCACAUCCCAGUCUCACGCAGUGUGCGGUCGUGGCCCUCGCGUUCAAAAUCCUCUUGUUCCCAGCCUACAAAUCCACCGAUUUUGAGGUUCACCGCAACUGGCUUGCCAUCACCAACAGCCUCCCUAUAUCUGAAUGGUAUUACGACAAGACCUCGGAAUGGACGCUCGACUAUCCUCCGUUUUUUGCCUACUUCGAGUGGGUUCUUGCGCACUUGGCUCGCUUGGUUGACCCGGCCAUGGUUAAGAUCUACAACUUGAAUCACGAAAGCUGGCAAACCGUGUACUUUCAACGUGCAACUGUCAUAGGUUCCGAGCUGCUGCUCAUUUACGCGCUCCAGCUCUUUAUUGACACGACAAAUCUGCCAUCGAAGCGAGCCGCCCAGGUUGCUGCACUGUCUGUCUUGCUCUCUCCCGGCUUAUUGAUCACAGACCACAUUCACUUCCAGUACAACGGUUUCAUGUAUGGCAUUCUUUUGUGGUCGAUGGUUCUCGCUAGAUGCCAGUCCACGCUUUUGCAGAGCGGACUGAUCUUUGCGGCGCUUUUAUGCUUCAAGCAUAUCUACCUCUACCUGGCCCCGGCAUACUUUGUGUUUCUCCUGCGCACCUACUGCCUGUCGGCUAGCCCGCUCUUCCGGAUCAAAUUCCUGAACUGUACCAAGCUUGGAUUGGGCGUCAUCUCCAUUUUCGCCGCGGCAUUUGGCCCGUUUGCUUUUAUGGGGCAGAUGCCGCAACUGCUGGGCAGGCUUUUCCCGUUCUCCCGUGGGCUUUGCCACGCAUACUGGGCUCCUAAUGUGUGGGCACUCUACUCCUUGGCGGAUCGCGUUUUAAUCCACCUUGCCCCAAGGCUGGGCCUCUCAGUAAAGCCCGAGGCUGUGCGAAGCGUCACUAGAGGACUAGUUGGCGAUACUGCCUUUGCAGUUUUGCCCGAGAUCUCACCCAGAGUGUGCUUUGCGUUAACACUGAUCUUCCAGGGCCUUCCUCUCCUCAAGCUUUUCUUCGCCUCUGAUCCUUCAUGGGAGGCAUUUGUCGGUAGUGUCACUCUUUGUGGAUAUGCAUCGUUUCUCUUCGGGUGGCAUGUGCACGAAAAGGCCAUUCUGCUGGUCAUCAUCCCGUUUAGUCUCAUCGCGCUCCGGGACCGAAGACAUCUCGGCGCCUUCCGUCCAUUGGCGGUUGCUGGUCACGUUUCUCUGUUUCCAUUGCUAUUUACUCCGGCUGAAUUCCCUGUCAAGACCAUGUACACCGUUUUCUGGCUGGUUCUAUUUUUGAUGUCGUUUGACCGGCUGGCGCCUGCGUCAAGUAAGCCACGGGUGUUUCUGCUGGAUCGUUUCAGCACACUGUACAUUGCGGUGAGCAUUCCACUGAUCGCAUAUACGUCUCUGCUGCACCAAAUUAUUUUUGGGAAGAGCUAUGAGUUCCUUCCCCUCAUGUUUACCAGCGCGUAUGCCGCCAUAGGGGUGGUGGGCAGCUGGGUUGGAUACAUGGUGGUAUACGUUACUUCUUGA